GGCCAGGGAUGAAGGGCAGAAAAGUCGCAGUGGGAGGGAGAAGUGGUCGAGGGACUGUUGGAGACGAAUCCCCAGCAGAGCCUGACAACCUCGGCCCCCUUCCUCCUCUCUCAACCUUGUUUCGUCUCUACGUUUACGCUCUGCACGGCUGCCUCUGCGAGGUGGCCUUCACCGCCGUGUACGACUGGUGCAGCACCCGAGACCAGAGGCUGCCGGGACACAGCAGCAUCUGGGCGCUGCCCAUGUACGGCUCCGCAAUCUUCUGCAUGGAGGCCCUGAGGGCCCGGCUGCUGGCCCAGAGGCGCUCCCUCCCUGUGAGGCUGGUAGUUUACACUUCAUUCAUUUACAUGUGGGAGUUCAGCUGGGGCGUGGGGCUGAGCCUGCUGGGGGCCUGUCCGUGGGAUUACUCAGCCCAUCGCUACAAUCUUCGAGGACUGGUGACUCUGGAUUACGCCCCAGCCUGGGCUGUUGCUGGAUUUAUAGCAGAGCAGCAUGUGAUUAAGAAUACGCUAAGGAUAAGAUUGAAAAACGGCUGAUUUCAUGGUUACAUUAAGUUAUGUCCUUACAAAAUCACCCACGUGACAUUUAAUGUCAUUUUUAGCUGGAACACAAUGUUAGUGUAUUUUUAACACUGUCAUAAUUUAAAAUUUGAAUAUUUUUUUGAAUCUUCAAUGAAUUUGUCAAUGAAAAAAUGACAAAUUUCAUGAUUAUCUUAAACAAUGUCCUUCAUAACAUUUUAUGUAAUUUUUUUUUUUUGCAGAAACAACACAAUCAUAUUGUAUUUUUAACAUUUAAUAAUUAAAAAGGUUGAGAUUUUUAAUCUCCAAUUAACAAUACACUAAAGAUAACAUUGAAAAACGGCUGAUUUUAUGAUAAUCUUAAACCAUGUCCUUCCAAAAUCUCCCAACUUUUAGUAAACAUCAAGCAAUCUCAGUUCCUGGUUGUGAACUGAAGUAUAAUAGAGUUAAUUAUGUAUUUAACCUAAAAUUACACGUAUUCUACCAUGUUGUCUUCCAUGUUGCUGUUUUGUUUUUAUUUAAUUUCUAAACUAAAGUAAACCUACGUAACAUUUGUUGUCUUUUUUCUUUUUUUUUUUUGAAGAAACAACAGAAUUAAAACCUUUUUGUAUUUUUCUGCUUCUGUCUGCCUCGUCUGGUCCUACUGGAGUAAAAAACUGUUUGGAUUUUGUCCAGGGUGGUAAUGUGUCUCAGCACGCCGCUUGGAAGAAAAUGGACACAUUUGCACGGUUGUUAAUUUUCAAUAUUUUCUUUAAAAAAAAAUCGAGAUAGUUUGCACAAUAUUUGGAAAAUGAGAACCUGGCAACUAUCUCACUCAGGGUUUUGUUCCUGGUGCAC